AUGCCUACUGAUGGCGACCGAAUUCCUCGCUGCCUGCUCUGCACGUGCGGGGCGACCAGCUUCUCGUGCAGCUUCAGUGGCAGUGAUGCCAGGCAUUACGUGCGGCUCGAGGACGACCCAGUUACCGAGGUGAAGCACGUGGACGGCUCCCUGGGUGAGGCUACGGGCGAGUGCGACAACGUGGGCAAGCCCCUCCCGCCCAGUGUCCCCCUGCCGGUGCCAGCGGGAGGCGGCGAAGCAGCUUGCGGGCACCACCUGGGCAGGACAGACGGCGACGCUGAGGACCAGGACAUGGACGACCUGGUCGGCUUCCCGGGCGAGGCCACGGGCGAGGCCGACGACGUCGCCUUGGGCAAGCUGCAGGUGCAGGCCCGAGGCUCGUGCCCUCUGAAGUGGAUCUGGGUGCGCGGCCUCGGGUGGGUCACGGGUAGAAACAGCGUCAUGGCAGCGGUGGGGAGCAAGGCAGCUCGCCGUCACGGCCAGGAGCCGCCUGCGAAGCCGCGCGCUGAAGUGGACCUCAGGCGCGGCCACAUCGCCAUGGUAAGGGCCGUCGGCGACCACCUGUGGUACUCAGCCGGCUCCGCGGCGAUGCACUUACAGAAUUUCGGCAAGCGCUCGGCAUGCUGGAGGCGAUCGGCGCGAAGCUUGACGACGCGCAGCUGCACAGUGCCUGACGUGCAGACCGAAGCCGACGGCUCCACGAAGGGUGGCAAGCUCGGCAUCGACGCAGACGUGGAUGACGCCGCCCAUGGCGAUCCUGCGCGGCCCGACGCGGCCACCAGCGGCGAGCAGCGGAGCGCGAAGCCCAAGCCGAUGCCCACGCAUAGGCCCGCCGUGGCCUUUCUCGUGCACCUCGCCGGGAUGCUCUGCCCGCCCCUGGGGUGCGACACGUUACGGGGCGCGCUGCCUGAAGGCCGACCGCUGGUCCUGGCCGAGGACACCGCCGGGCUUGUCCUGGACAGCCUGGGAGGCGGCACCGACCUCGUGCGCUAUCGGGCCGCCUCCCGGUGGCACAGCGGCGUGGCCCGCCGCCCGCUGCUGGGGCACCUCCUGGCGAGAGUCGCUGGCCGCGGUGGCGCUCCCGCAGGCGCCGAGACGAAGUUCGACGUGCUGUGGGACGCCACUGAGGAGAAGGAUAUCGUGCAGUGCGAGGAGGGCGAGAAGCUCACGGGUCAGCCCAAGUUCAUGGCGGCGUGCGAGUCGCCGAUCGAGCCGCCCCGCCCCACCACGCACACGACCAUCCAGAACGGUAAGUUCAACGUGAAUUUCGAAGACGAGGAUGUCGAGCAUAAUUUCUCUGACGGGCUGGACAAGAACCCGCCAGCAGAGAAUGCGGACUCCGAAGGUAGGCAGUCGGAGCUGAAGAAUAUCAUCCAACCCAUCAUGAAACCAGCUCGCAACGAGACGGCGAACGAGCAGAAGGUGGAGGAGAAGCUUGAGUUGAAGGACAAAUACAAGAACGAGAAGGCUGUGCUGCCAGGGCGCUGGCGGCACAUGGCUCGCAUCGACAAGCAGAGUUUGGACAACAACUUGAGCGACGCCGCCUGCGGGAGCCUCAAGUCCGCUGCCACAGAGGAUGUCGCCCCGUGCUGCGAGACGGCCACGGAGCAGAAGGUCCCCGUGUGCAACACCACCGAGGGCCAGCAGUCCCAAUGGCGAGCGAUGUCGGCCGGCGCUGGCUCGAAGGAGCUCCUCAACGUGCUGGGCGAGUGCAAGGCGCGCGUCCAGGACAAGCUCGGCGUCGUCGAGUUCCCGAUGCCCCAGUUCAUCCUGAUCGGCAAGCAAUCUGUGGGGAAGAGCCGUCUCAUCGAGGCCCUCGCCGGGGAGACCUUCAACUUCAUCUCUGGGACUCUGGGCAGCCGGAGGCCUACCGUGCUGGAAUUCAGGAACGUGCCGAUGCAUACGUCCUCGCGGUGGUUCGUGCGCGACCGCAAGUCGAACCAGUGGGAGGAGCAGCCCAUCGCCUCUGUGAUGAAGAAGGUCGGGGAUGCGCACGAGGAGCUCGGGGAGACGGUCAGCAAGAUUCCUGUAUAUGUGCGGCUCGAGUCGGCCGACUGUGUCGACAUGCAGAUCGUGGACUUGCCGGGCUUCCGGGAUUUCGCGAUGGAUCAGGCCAAGCAAGCCCUAUCUGGAGAGAUCGAGGCGCUUGUCACGGAGUUCAUGCAGGACAAGCGCAACGUCAUGUUGUGCGUCGAACAGGCUAGUGACGCUGCCAAUAUGUCCACGCUGCAGAAGUGCCGAAACGUUGACAGGGACCUCGAAAGGACUGUGUUGAUUAGGAACAAACUCGACAAGUAUUACGGCGACCUAAACUCCGACAACAUCAACCAAUGGAUCAAUGGUUUCGGAGAUCUGCCUGAAGGAUUGCAGAAGUUUUCGUUGACGCUGCCGUUCUGGAAGGAGGGCCAGGCACCCCCGAAGCCGUUCGUCGAGCUGAGACAGGACAUGCACAACGAGGACGUGAGGCAAAUGGCCAGCAAGGGCAUCAGCAAGAAGUUUGAGACGACCGUAGGAUUCAACAACUUCGCCGCGUUCAUGUCAAAAAAGAUCGAGCUCAUGUUCGGCGAGGCGCUGACCCCGGUGCUCACGAACCUGAAGGAGAUGAAGAAGGAGGGCAUGACGAAGGUAGAGGAGAAGACGCUGGAGUUCAACGAGACCAACCCACAGAGGAUUCUCAGCACGACGCGCGACUGCGGGGUAUCGUUUGCCACCGCUCUAAGGCACGUCAUGGAGGGCGUGCUCGACCUGAAGCCCGUGAUGAACCUCGAGGAGGAGUUGCGGGAAUUCCACUCGUACCACGCGAAGUUGGGUUCUAUGCACUUCAGCAUGCUUCCUUCCGACGAUUUUGCUGGUCUGCAAGACUACAUCGAUUACCUUCGGAAAGAGAUCUGCGUGGCUGCGUUCGACGUCGAGGUGAACGGCGGGGCCCAGUUCCGCAGGUUGAUGAACGAGGUUGAGAUCUUCCUCCGUUUUUCCGAGAUUGCCGUGGAGACCAAGAAGAAGGACGUGAUCCAGGCGAGGGGGGUCUCCAUGAGCUCCCUCACGUGGAGGGACGUUGUUGUGAAGCUGCUGAGCAACGAGGCGCACUUGCCGCUCCAGCGCCGCGUGCAGUACGUCGGGGAGCGCAUCAAGUGGUUCUUCGAGAACCAAAAGGACGCCGUGCUGCAGUUCAUGGACUCCAUCGAGGGCACGCCGGCAGCGAAUAUGUACUCCCCGCUCUACUCCAAGCACGCGAAGCUCAUCAAGUCGAACACCAUGAUCAAGCACCUGGUCUACCAGACCUACGAUGCGGCCUGCAAGCGGCAGCUCGCCCAGUUCGUGGAGCUCUUCGACAGCAUGCUCACGUCUACCUUCUCGAACCCCUGGGUCUUCCUGAAGGGCGCCGCCGGCGAGGACAGCCCGGAGGACGAGGACCUCACGGCCACCGUCCUGCCGUCUUUCGACGACACGAAGGAGCGCAUCCCGCAAGAGAUCACGCAGCGGUCGCAGGUCGAGACCACACUCUCAAGGUGGCUCGCCAGCGUGCCCACCGAGUCGCACCAGAUCGACGAGGCGGUGGACAAGGUCCAGAUUCUGGUGCUGAGGGCCUACGGCUUCAUUCGCUCGCAGGUCUGCGACCAGGUGGAGCUCUUCUCCGAGUCAUUUUUCAAGCUCCCGAUGCUCCGCCGCCUGGAGGAGGACAUGGCGAUGAUGAAGCUCUCGGAGGACGACGAGGCGCAAUACAGGGCCCGGCGGGACAGCUUGACCAAUGAGAUCAAAGCCGUCCAGGAAGGCUUGGUCGAGAUCAAUGGGUGCAUCGAGAUGCUGCAGGACUUCAAGCUGAAGUGCGAUUCCCGCUGA